UCGUGUCGAGAGCUCUGAACGCAACGGAAGUCGCGAGGGAUUACGUGUGAGCGAACCCAAAGGAAAAAGUGGAUUAAUCGCAGGAUACGUGGCAGGGAAAACUCAAGAUGAGAGGCCUGGUGAUCUACGCGUGGCUGCUAACGGGUUUAUUUUACUUUUCCGAAGGCAAACCCUGCCCUGAAAAGACACGCCCCCACAAGACACGCUGCGACGCCUACUACAAGUGCCGCGAGCUGGCCACCAACUCGCACGUGUGGGUGCCCGUAAAGUGCAACGAGGGUCUGGUGUACGAGACGAGUCUGGGCGGUUGCGUCCUGCCUGGCGAGGACUGGGAGUGCAUCACACCCAGCGAGUUGGCAAGCUCCACGCCUGCCAGCAGUCAGCCGGAUGCGGAUAUUUUGAUUGUAAACGACAUGGAUGAGGCGGGUCUGCUGCCCAGGGAGUCCUCUCCGCAUCACGAGGAGCACGAACACCACGAUGAUGGCACAGUGGAGAUAGUCCUGGACUCAACGCUCAGCAGUGAGGAGCAGGAGGGGGAGCAUCAGAGCUUCACACAAAGCCACGACAAAGAGAGCUCUUCCCUACAGCACUUUGACUCCAGCGGCGAUGGCGAGCUCAUGGAAGUGGACAGCCCCACGCCAACGAUUGAAAAUCGCGAAGACGAAUUGGAAUUACACAACGAACACAGAGAGGAAAUAGAGCACUUGGAACACCGACCAGAUGUGGAACAGCUUAAAGCGGAACUAAAGCAAGUCGCGGAUGUGAGUGAAUUGGCCAAACCGGGCUCCCAGAUCGAUCCACAGCUGACGGCGCACCUGCAGCGGCUCUCCCAAUUGAUCGAUGGACUGCAGCAGACCUACAAGAAGACGGACAAACUGCAAGCGGACAUGCGACCGGAUCAGCUGAAUGCCUUUCUGGCGCACUUUGACAUCAAGAAUCGCUACGAGAUGAUGAAUCCCAUGGAGGCCACCACCACCCAGCAGAUGAGUGCCACCUCCACCAGCACAACGACACCGGAGCCGCCGCGCUACAGCAGUAGCACGAAGCUGCCACAAGCGAACAGCAACAAGACACGACUGCAGGAGCAUCUCUCAAAGCAUCGACUGGAGCCGGAGACAAAGCUAAUGCUAAGCAAUGCCCUGCCCUUCUCGGGGGGCACGGGUCAGGGGUAUGCCAACUCGCAGAUUGUGGUGAAUCGACCCGAGGGUUCGGUGAUGUUUGCUCUCCCGUCGCCACAGUAUGGCAUGAGCCAGGAGCAGGGCGGUGGCUCCUCUUAUCCCUUGCAUCAGAGUCACUCGCAGAGUCACUCACAGAGUCACGAAUAUAACGAUCAUGAGCCCAAGAUUUCAGAGGAUACGCUCAAGACGGUGUUGGAGCUCUCGAAGCAAAUGAUAGCUGCACAGAAUGUGCCCAAAGUGCUGCCAAAUCCGGGGUUCAAUGGUUACUAUGCUCAACCCAUACUGCAGCCGGUGUACCUGUCGGCACAUGGCAAUCCCUUCCAGCAGUACUAUGCCCCGCAGCCAAUGCCCAGCCACUAUAUGCACCACAAGACGCACUCCUCGGGUGGCAGUUCCAACGGUGGAAAUGGAGGCUACAACAAGCCCAGCACCACCAUCAUACACAACAAUGUCAUUCCAGUGCAUGUGUCCAGCACCAGCUCGGGGGAGAAGGAAGUGCUGGACACCUACGGGCACAGUUUGGGUGUGUACCCGAGCCUGGAUAAGCAUCAACCUACUGGCAUGGAUUACAUGACCACAGCACGACCCACAUCCAGUCAGUAUCCCUCGCCCUUUGCCUCGGAGUACACUGUGACGACGCCGCGACCCUUCCAGGAGCAGCCAUCGGCCGCCACAGUGUCCACCUACUACACGCCCAGUCCGCAUCUCAGCGAACAGAAUGUGAACCGCAUCUUCCAGCCCACCGAAUCGUAUCCCACCUUGAAUAUGCCGCGACCCAUGGACAUGUCCAUGUUCCCAGGCGGACACUUGGAGCCGGGACAGGUGAGCAUCCGACCCAAUUCGCAGAAAAUCGAAAGCAUGGAGAUGGAUGGCGGGGCUGACGAGAUGAUUAAGGCCAGUUAUGGGAAUGUGAAUGGAAAUGGGAAUGGGAACAGCUCCCCGCACGUACUGACCUACAGCAGCGAUGGAGGCAUCUCUGGAGGCGGCAUGAGCCAUCAAUUAGCACCUUCGGGGGCAUAUCUAGAUCAGAGCUACAAUCAGCAACAGCAACAGCAGCAGCAACAGCCUCAACAGCAGCAUCAUCAUCCGUACAUGCCACGACCGACAAUGAGCAGCAGCAUGUACAGCGACUCUGAGGGCAACAUGGAGCUCAAUAUGUUCAGCAAUAUGAAUCCCUACACGCCGGAGAAGGUCAAAUAUGGUGGCGGAUCCUCCGGCAAUCCCUCACCCCACGGACAGCUGGUCAACUUCAAUGGGAACUUCAUUAGUUUGGAUGUCUUUCAAAAGUCCAUACUGCCACUGAUGACCAAAUCGCCUGGGGCAAUGUCAGAGCUGGGCAAUGUGGAGGUCAUCACCUGCCAGACGGGUGUGCGGCAACCCAAUCAAACGGAUUGCACUCGCUACUUUGUGUGCAGCAAGAAGGAUGGCAAAGUGUUGUCCUACUCGUGUCCACCCUACACGGGAUUCAACAAACAAACGAGGAUCUGCGAUGCUCAAACAUACGCACAGUGCGGCAGUGUGAUGCCUGCCUUCAAUGGUUAUACCAUAGACAGCAAUAGGCGACUGCAGAUGGAGGCCAUCAAGAUGUUGAGCGAAGCCAAGAGGCGACAGGAGGCGGCACUGAAGGCACAGAACAUUGCCAGUCUGCUGCAGCAAUAUGGAAACACUCAGCAGAGUGGAGUUUCAUCUGGCAUCUCCUCCAACAUUGAACAGGAUUCCAUGGACAAUGGUUAUAUGGUAAACCUGUCCGAUCUGAGUCCGGCCACAACCACAGCCAGACCCAUCAUCAUACAAUCGAGCAGCAAUUCCAUUGGAUCCCCAUCUGGAUCCUCUGGGUCCGCGAAGAAGCGAAAGUACUACUGCAAGGAGGGCGACAAGAUACCCGAUCAGACAUCCAUCAGCAGCUACUUUGUGUGCUACAAGAACUCGCAGGGCCAGAUGAAGGGCCACAAGAUGAACUGCUCCAAGAGUUUGCUCUUCUGCCCCAAGACGCUCAUGUGCACGCUGGCCUCCAAGUGCCAGGACUAAGAAUCACAUC